CUGGGAGCCGGGCGGGCGUGGCGGGCGUGCAGCCCCCUGCUCGGCCCAGCUCCCCGCGGAGCCCCCCCAGCUCGCAGCGGGGCACGACCUGCCCGGCCCAGAGACCUGGGGCCCCGUUUGCGGGGCCUGGGCUACGGGGAAGCCGCGGGGCCGCGGGAGGUUUGCAGCCGCCUGCCUGCCUGCCUGCCUGCGGGAGCUGCGUGUGCUCUGGCUGGAGCCCCAGCGCCGCAGCAAGGAGCAGGUCGCGGUGAGGGUGAAGGGCGAGGAGGGGCCCUCCGACGAGAUGCAGCCCCCGGGGGCCCUGCAGGACCCUGGUGAUCCCCGGCGGGAGCAGCCCAGCACCCGUGGUGCGGACAGGCCUCUGGAGCAGUCAGGAGAGAUGGAAACCCCAGGGUCUCGGGACAAGCCACCUCGCAUUCCCAGAGAGGAUCCCCCGUCCCUGCAGCACUCAGGUGCUGGGACCCUGCAGAGAGCUGAGCAGCAGCCUGCUGAGGAGGGGCCGGUGAUCCUGGAGCUGCAGAGGACGUGCGCAGGGAGCCUGGAGGAGAGGAGCUCCCCGACCCCUGAGCCAGGCCAAGUGCAGAAGGGGCAGGGCAGGCCUCCAAAGCAGGAGGAGAGCUCGGAGCUCCGGGAGGUGUUCGAGGACGUGGCUGUGUAUUUCACACGGAAGGAGUGGGAGCUGCUGGACGAUGAAGACAAGGUGCUUUACCGGGACCAGAUGCUGAAGAAUCACCAAGCCCUUGUUUCCCUGGGAUAUCGAGGUCCCACACCUGACUUAAUCUGCAACAUCCAGCAGGAACAGGUGGAGCUCUGGGUCUGUGAUGAUGAGGACCGUGGGGAAAUCUCAAGAUGGGAGGACCUGCUGCCAGGAGGUGCCUGGCCACUGAGCAGAGCUGAGGAGCAGCCUCCUGCGGAAGGGUCUGCAGACCUGGAGCCAGCACAGGUUUCCCCAGGGAGUUUGGGUGACAUGGACUCCCUGAGACCUGAGAAGAAGCCAUGGCACGAAAGUCAGGGGAGGUCCCAAAAGCAGAAGGAGAAUGUAGCCAUGAACCAGGACUGGUGCAUCCACCUAGGGAGGAAGACACACCACUGCACUGAGUGCAGGAAGAACUUCAUCUGCUUGCAAGACCUGUCCCAGCAUGAGUGUGUGUGGCACCACUGCACCAAGUGUGGGAAAAGAUUCAGGAAGCUCUCCAAACUGGCAAGGCACUGGUGCAUGCACACAAGGGAGAAGCUACAUCAGUGCUCAGAGUGUGGGAAGAGCUUCACUCAGUCCUAUAGCCUGGCUCAGCACCAGCGUAUCCACACAGGGGAGAAGCGACAUCAGUGCUCGGAGUGUGGGAAGAGCUUCACUCACUCCUACAGCCUGGCUCAGCACCGGCGUAUCCACACGGGGGAGAAGCCAUAUCAGUGCUCGGAGUGUGGAAAGAGCUUCAGUCAGUCCUCUAGUCUGGCUCAGCACCAGCGUAUCCACACAGGGGAGAAGCCACAUCAGUGCUCAGUGUGUGGGAAGAGCUUCACUCACUCGUCUAGGCUGACUCGGCACCAGCGUAUCCACACAGGGGAGAAGCCACAUCAGUGCUCAGAGUGUGGGAAGAGUUUUGCUAACUACUCCAGCCUGGCUCAGCACCAGCGUAUCCACACAGGGGAGAAACCAUAUCAGUGCUCAGAGUGUGGGAAGAGCUUCACCGAGUCCUCCAGCCUGGUCCAGCACCAGCGUAUCCACACAGGGGAAAAGCCACAUCAGUGCUCAGAGUGUGGGAAGAGCUUCACACUUUCCUCCAGCCUAGCCCGGCACCAGCGUAUCCACACAGGGGAGAAGCCCCAUCAGUGCUCAGAGUGUGGGAAGAGCUUCACUCAGUCCUCCAGUCUGGCUCAGCACCAGCGUAUCCACACAGGGGAGAAGCCCCAUCAGUGCUCAGAGUGUGGGAAAAGUUUCACUCAGUCCUGUAGCCUGGCUCAGCACCAGCGUAUCCACACAGGGGAGAAGCCACAUAAGUGCUCAGAGUGUGGGAAGAGCUUCACUUACUCCUUCAACCUGGCUCAGCACCAGCUGAUCCACACAGGGGAGAAGCCAUAUGAAUGCUCAGAGUGUGGGAAGAGCUUCACUCACUCCUCCAGCCGGGCUCGACACCAACUUAUCCACACGAGGGAGAAGUCAUAUCAUUGCUCCGAGUGUGGGAAGAGCUUCACCCUAUCUUCUGCCCUGGUCCGGCACCAGCUGAUACACACAGGGGAGAAGCCACAUCAGUGCUCAGAGUGUGGGAAGAGCUUCACCCAGUCCUCCCACCUGUCUCGACACCAACUCAUCCACACACAGAAGAAACUGUAUCCGUGCUUGGAGUGCGGGGAGUGCUUCCUCCACUCCUUGCAACUGGCUCAGCACCAAUGUAUCUGUAUCCAGGGAUGUCCAUAAUUCUGCAAGCAAUGCAGGAAUGGUUUGGGGAUGUAUACCAGCUCAGCACCCACUGGUGUUUGCAUUCAAGAAGCAGUCUCAUGCUGGUGGACUGCAGCAACAGUUUAGCCUCCGUUCAGCCCUUCUAGGCCACUGGAAAACCGAAUGGACACAAAGGCUGGUCUCCCAACCUUGAUGCAGGUGAAGGGUUAUAAGGAAACACCUCAGGCGGAGGCCAGGACGGAUCCUGGGGGAUCUGUGAGAUGAUCCUUGCAUCAGCCUUGGAGCCUGUGCCAUCCCCAUCAUUUUCUAAAACAGCCAGUGCUCCCAGAGGGAGAAGAAGCGUCUUCACCAUAGGUGCCUUCCCCAAGACAGCUGGCUCCGUAUGACACCCAGGGACUGUGUUUGGCAGACUCCCACUCUGACGUCCCUGCUGGCCCCAGGGUUCUUGUGCUGAAGCUGCAGAGUUGCAGGAAGGAGAACGUAUAUUCCUGGGGAAGGAUUCCCUGCUUUCCACUCUGACCAAACCUUUGCUCCCCAGCACAUCACCCCUCUCCCAGGCCUGCACAUGGCCAUUGUGGUCUGCAAGAAACUACUGCUGCCACCCCGUGGGCCAAGUUCAGCCGGUUCUGCUGCUCAGCCCCUCAUCAAAACUUAGCACCACCAGGUGCUAGCUGCCCCCCGGACUUCCUUUCCACCAUGAUAUUCUCUGUAGCAGGUUCCUUGGUCAUCAAGCCCCACAACGUAACAUGAUACCCCUGUGGUUGGUCUCUGUCCUCUCAAGAGCUGUGAAAUGCAAUUAUAAGGGUAAAGGAAGUGCAGCCUG